AAAGUCUCAGUGAAUGUUGUUAGGACAAGAGCCAGAAAGUUUGAUACCGCCGAAGAAACGCUCAGGUUUCUGACAGAGGUGGACGGCGACAGGUCCGCGGAAUAGUGACUGUUUUGAUAGUGUCCCCUUGCUUGGAGGAAUUGAGAAGAACGACACAGAAAGAGCGGAGCGGAGGAGAAGCGGUAAAAUAUCAUUGAGACGCGCUUUCCGGCUCUUGUGCUGUUUUGAAAUAUGGCCGAUGUGCAGCUAGUAACAAGCACUCGGAUCUCCAAGACCAGCUUGACGCUAGGCAGAGGUUCCCCUAGCAACGAGCCUCCAGCCUUUACCCUGCCACCCCGCAAUGCCCGAGUUAGCCUGGGAGGGACAGCGCGCCUUGAUGGCAAGGUUAGAGGCUACCCUGAACCCCAGAUCACAUGGUACAGAAAUGGAAAGACGGUGACCAGUGGAGAGAGGCUCAUCAUGGAACAGAGUGUGCGUGGAACCUUCAGUCUGGUGGUCCAAGGUGUCCAGGAGGAGGAUGGAGGGCGCUACACCUGUGAGGCCACGAAUGAUGCUGGCAGUCGGCAGGUUACCGUGGAGAUCACCGUAGAAGGGAAUGCUGGGAAGAAAUAUGGCCUCCCAUCUUCCACUAGAGGAAGUGGGCGUUUUGGAGUCUCAGCUGUGGAGAACCGGCCCAGUAUCUGGGGGGAGAGCCCCCCCAAGUUCAUCACCAAGCCGUCUCGCACCUUUGCCCGAGUUGGACAGAGUGGCAAGUUCUCAGCUAAGAUCACAGGGCGACCCCAGCCCCAGGUCACCUGGCUCAAGGGCGAUGUAGAGAUCCAGUCAUCGGGUCGUUACAGCAUGGUGGAGAGGUCAGGCGUGCACUUCCUGGAGAUCCGUGAUGUGUGUGUGGAGGACGCAGGAACGUACACCUGCUCUGUGACCAACAGUGCCGGGACAGCCUCCGCCACGGCUGAGCUCAAUGUUCAGGGUUCGAGCAGUGAGCCUGCAAUCCCAAGCCCCCUGGGCUCUGUAGUCCUUUCCCCAAAGACAACUGACUCUCCUGAAGUCAGGCAUACCAGCAAUGGCCCCCUGCCAGAGGCCAGACCCCCCAGCAGGACCACAGAUGGGUCUGAGCCCAGAGAGAGACAAACUCUCCAGGCCAGGGACACCCAGGAGAAACCCUCGCCCUGGAGGACCUCCUUGUCUCCCAAGCCCACUGCAGAGCUGCCGGAGGGGGCAGAGAGAAAACCUAGGUCCCCCUCUCCUAAGCCUCCUGGGUCUACUCCAUCACCCCAGUGUGUGAGAGGGCAGCAGCCCCCUGCCAGGACAGAACUGGACCCCUCCAGGAGAACCACAGUGAGACCCCCUCCAGAGGUGACCCCGCCUGCAGAGACCAGCAGAGAGAGCAGGAGGCAGGCCAGAGCAGAGAGAACGGCAAUGACCGAGGUUCCACCCAGGUUCGACUCUGCCCCUCAGAAUCAGGAGGCUGCUGAGGGGUCAAAGGUCACCUUCUCAUGCCAAGUCUCUGGUUCUCCUGCUCCUGGCGUGGUUUGGUUGAGAGAGGGCCAGCCAGUAAGGCCCAGGCCUGGGCUGAGCCUGCAGCAGCAGGGGUCGACACACUCCCUCAGUCUAGAGGGGCUCACCAGGAGGGAAGCGGGGACAUACAGCUGCGCCCUCACUUCCCCCUCCGGACAGGUGUCCUCCUCCUGGACUCUCACUGUCAAGAGUCUGAGAGUGGAGGGCAAGGCCCCGGUGUUCAGCAGUUUGCUGAAGGGCAGCCCGGUGACAGAAGGAGAGGACCUGCAGCUGCAGUGCUGUGUGGAGGGGAUACCUGCUCCUCACAUCUCCUGGCUCUUCAAUGACCAGCCCAUACCGAGUUCUCGCUCCUCCUUCGACAACGGUCUGGCUCAGCUGACGGUCCAUGAUGCUUUGCAGGAGGAUGAGGGUCUGUACAUGUGUGUGGCGGAGAACAGCCAUGGGAGAGCUGUGUGCAGUGCCAGAGUGGCGGUCAGAGCCAGGAAGCAGUCCCGGAGGAGCGAGCCUGGAGGAGCUCAUGACGCCAAGCAGCCCUCCGCUCCAGUGUUCCUCCACGCUCUGAACGACCUCAAGGUCAUGGAUGGAAGCCAGGUCACCAUGACAGUGGAGGUGACAGGCAACCCUGCUCCUGAGGUGUUGUGGCUCCACAAUGGGAAGGAGAUACAAGAGUCUGAGGACUUCCACUUCGACAGGAACGGAAACCAGUACAGUCUGUUUAUCCAGGAAGUCUUCCCAGAAGACAACGGAAAAUACACCUGUGAGGUGUGGAACCAGUAUGGAGAGAUCCGUACUGAAGCCACGCUCACUGUGCAAGAACCCCAGGACGGAGUCCAGCCCUGGUUCAUCACCAAGCCCAAGUCCACCAGCGCUUGUGUGGGCCAGAACAUUCUACUGUCCUGCGCCAUUGCUGGAGACCCUUUCCCAGAGUUCCAGUGGAGGCGAGGUGGGCAGGAGCUGUCCUCUGGACCGGACUAUGAGGUGCUGCAGAAGGAGGACGUAGUGUCUCUGCUCAUCAGAAGAGUCAGGGCCCAGCAUGCUGGAGACUACCUGAUCAGCCUCAGGAACAAGGUGGGAGACUGCAGUUGUGUGGCCAGUCUGGUGGUCAGCGAGGGUCCAGGGGUGUCUAGCAGAGAAGACAGAACCCAGCCCUGUGAGCGCGAGGGAGGAGGAGGAGCAGCAGGGACAGUGCUGAGAGGAGGAGGCAGAGGAGGAGGAGCAGAGACGACCAGCAGCAGAGGUAGCCUCAGCAGCAACAGCAGCAGGACCUCCGCCAGCCAGCCCCAGGACAACCAGGAGCCAGGGGACCCCUUCCCGGAGCCCAGCCCCAGCGAGGAGGAGCCUAGCCCAGCCCGGGGACUGCUCAAGAGGCGCGUGGAGACCAAGGAGCACCGGGAAGAGCAGGUCCGCCAGCGGGAAGCCGAGCAACGCGACUUCCGCAACCUGCUGGGCAGGAGGGUCACCACCAAGAGUGUGUCUGAGGAGGACCUGAAGGAGAACACGGCCGAGCAAAUGGACUUCAGGGCUAACCUCAACCGCGCCGGGGUCAAGCCCAAGACGCAGUCGGAAGAUGAGAGGAAGGUCAACACCCCUCAACAGGUCGACUUCAGGGCCGUUCUGGGGAAGAAGGCCCCAGGUGCCGUAGCAGGGCCUAAAGCAGGCGCUGCCCCUGCGCCCGAGGGAGACAGCCCCAAGAAUGCUGACUUCCGCUCAGUGCUGGCGAACAAGAAGAAGCAGAGCAGCCCGGAGAAGAACGGCGAAGGUCCUCCGGUGGAGAAAAACGUCCCUGCUGCCAGCGAGAAGGAGAAGGAGAAGAAUGCGGUCAACUGUGUGGACGGAGGGAUUAUAGAGAAGAAGAGCAACGGCACUGGAAAGGAGCCGGUGUUCCCACAGAAGCUGAGCGACGUGACUGUGCUGGACGGAGAGCGCCUCCGGCUGCAGUGCCAGGUGACCUCUGACCCCCCGGCCGCGGUUACCUGGACUCUCGACGGCAAGGUCAUCAAGCCCUCCAAGUUCAUCAUCCUCGCCAACGACGGCGGACAGUGCUCCCUGACCAUUGCCAAGGCCCUGCCUGAAGACGAGGGCCAGUAUAAGUGCUGGGCUGAAAACUCUGGCGGGAAAACCGAGUGUUCCUGCAUGGUGCUGGUGGACGAUCCUACAGAUACAAACUCGACCGCAGCUGACAAGAAAAGCAAGAAGACGACCACCCCUACCUCAGAGAGUGAGGCCAGAAUAAAGAAACCUAACACAAAGACACCUCCUAAACAAGGCUUGCCCCCUCAGAUUACCCAGUUCCCUGAUGAUAUGAAGAUCCUGGCUGGGGAGAAGGUGGAUCUGCUCUGCAAGUUUGGAGGAGCCCCACCCAUCAACUGUACCUGGCUCAAGUUCAGGAAACCAAUCCAGGAGGGGACAGGCGACAUCACCAUUGAGACUACUGAGUCCAGCAGUAAGCUGACCAUAGCGGACAGCCAGCAGGAGCACUGUGGCUGCUACACUAUCGAGCUGCGGAACAGCUACGGACUCAGACAGGCCGCGCUCAACCUCACCAUCGUCGACAAGCCGGACCCCCCUGCACGUGUGCCCGCGGCCUCAGACAUCCGGCGCUCCACCCUGACCCUGUCGUGGUACGGUCCCACGUACGACGGGGGCAGCGCCGUCCAGUCCUACAACCUGGAAAUCUGGAACUCUGUGGACAAGGAGUGGAAGGACCUGGUUUCCUGCAACAGCACCUCCUACAACGUACAGGACCUGCUGCCCGACAGGGAGUACAAGUUCCGGGUCAGGGCCGUCAACGUCUACGGCAUCGGAGAGCCCAGUGCGGAGUCUGAGCCCGUCACCGUGGGAGCCGAGGAUGAAGAGGAGGCAGAGGCUUCAGAUGACGACUUGGAGAAGGAGCCAGACUACAGAGAUGUAACAGUCAGAGCAGAUCUGAAAGUCAAGGACCUGUACGAUGUUGAAGAGAGACUGGGAACGGGGAAAUUUGGACAAGUGUUUAAACUUGUGGAAAAAGCAACCAAAAAAGCCUGGGCUGGGAAGUUCAUCAAAGCUUAUUCUGCCAAAGAGAAGGAUAAUGUCAGACACGAGAUUGGAAUCAUGAACAGCCUUCAUCACCCUAAGCUUGUCCAGUGCAUAGAUGCAUUCGAGGGCAAGUCGGACAUUGUUAUGGUUUUGGAGAUGAUCUCCGGUGGUGAACUGUUUGAGAGGAUCAUCGACGAGGACUUUGAGCUGACUGAAAAGGAGGUGAUCAAGUACAUGCUGCAGAUCGUAGACGGGGUCCAGUUCAUCCACCAACAGGGCAUCGUCCACCUGGACCUCAAGCCUGAGAACAUCAUGUGUUUAAACAAGACCGGCGGCAAGAUCAAACUCAUUGACUUUGGCCUGGCACGCAGACUAGAAAACGCCGGGACGCUCAAAGUGCUGUUCGGAACCCCGGAGUUUGUGGCCCCAGAGGUGAUCAACUAUGAGGCCAUCAGCUAUCCUACGGACAUGUGGAGUAUAGGAGUCAUCUGCUACAUCUUGGUGAGCGGCCUCUCGCCCUUCAUGGGAGACAACGACAACGAGACCCUGUCCAAUGUUACCUCGGCAACCUGGGACUUUGAGGACGAGGCCUUCGACGAGAUCUCGGACAACGCCAAAGACUUCAUCACCAACCUGCUCAAGAAGAGCAUGAAGGCCCGUCUCACCUGUGCACAGUGCUUUGAGCACCCCUGGUUGAAACAGGACACCAACAGCAUGCAGACCAAGAAACUGUCCAAGGAAAGGAUGAAGAAGUACAUCCUGAGAAGAAAAUGGCAGAAAACGGGCCAUGCCGUGAGAGCCAUCGGAAGACUGUCGUCCAUGGCGAUGCUGGCUGGGGUUAGUGCCAAGAAGGGCUCACCCACUGAAGACGACAACCAGUUCCUGGAGUGUCUCGAGUAUGAGGAGAAGACCCAGAUGAAGCCCACCUUCACCUCCGUCAUCAAAGACGUGGAGGUGGUAGAAGGCAGCGCCGCCAGAUUUGACUGCAAGAUCGAAGGUUACCCUGACCCAGAGGUGGUUUGGUAUAAAGACGAGCAGCCAAUCAAAGAGACGCGUCACUUCCAGAUCGACUACGACGAGGAGGGCAACUGCAGCCUGGUCAUCUCCGAGGUCUCCGGGGAUGACGACGCCAAGUACACCGUCAAGGCCGUCAACAGUCUGGGGGAGGCCACCUGUACAGCUGAACUACUGGUGGAGGUGAUGGCUGAAGAGGAGGAGGAGGAGGAGGAGGAAUGAGAUGUUCUAGAUGACAAUGAAGAUGUUGGUGGGGAUUACAGUUAUGGUGGUUAGUGGGGUAGGUUAGUCAUUUGGGUGGUGGUGUUGGUUAGUAAUGUUGGUGGUGAUGAUAGUAAUGAUGGUGUGCCUUUUUUGCCUUGUUUCUUUUUCAUACCUGCUUUGGUAAGACACUCACCUUCUCAGACAUGGUGAUCAAAUGGGCUUGGAUGACCUUCUGCUAUGUUUUGUGCACUUUCUUUUUUACUUACUUACCAGUUAUGCUAGCAGAUAUCAGAUGUUGAUAUUUAUAACAUUACAUUGACAUUAACCACAUUCCAGCUGUUUGUGCUUUAACCCUUUAUUUAAAGGCAUUUCCUCAGUGGCUUUUCAGUUCCUCCUCAGCCAGACAAACCAAACAAAGUCACAGGUGUGUUUGUGUGUUAUCAGCAGUACGGUAUUUGAAAUUACCAGAGCUUUUGCUCUUAAGAAUGUUUUAUUUUUAGAUUUAUUUAAGCACAGAGUUAAUGUUAUCAUUUGAGCAUCAGUUUUGAUUUAUUUUCCUGCAAGCACUUGUCCACCAUAUUACAAAGCCGCAAUACUUAACAGACCAGUGAAAUAUCAGACCUAGUUGUUGGUUGUUUUGUUUUGUUUGUAUUAGAUGUAUGUAGAUUAUAUUUCUUAAAUUUUUAUAAAUAUAUCAGUUUGACAGACUGCAGAUUCCAUGUAAUGAGAACACUACAAGUGUAGUUACUCACCAUUACUAAAUAAAAUUUUAUCACAAAACAAA